AUUACAAGCCUUCAUGAAACAAAGCCCAUUAUAAAACUUGGUCUCUUUUAGUUUUCUUGCUCCGAAAGUCGCAGAGGAAGAAGCUACAAGUUAAGAGGAAGAGGAAGAGGAAGAGGAAGCAGAGGAAUAAUGGAGUCACCGAAGAAGAUAGCUCAUGAGAUCGGUGGUGUGAAGAGAGACGCUCUUCGAUUUGGUCUCAACGGCGUUAAGAGCGACAUCGUCGGAUCUCACCCGCUCGAAUCCUCUUACGAAUCUGAGAAGAGAUCUCAUGAGGCGAUGAAGAGGACGAUCAUUGGGCAUACCUACGGGACUGCACUUCCUUUGAAGAUGGAUAUGGACAGGCAGAUUCUCUCUCGGUUUCAAAGACCGGCUGGACCAAUUCCGUCGUCUAUGCUAGGUUUAGAAGUCUACACAGGAGCCAUUGAUGACUUUGGUUUUGAGGAUUACUUGAAUGACCCUCGUGACUCGGAGACUGUCAGGCCAGUAGACUUCCACCACGGGAUGGAAGUUCGUCUUGGCAUGUCAAAGGGCCCGGUUGCCCCAAGUUUCAUUUAAGGCCCUCAUCAUGGUCGUGGUUUAUUGCAUGUUAUGUCUUCUUUAGCUUUUGAAUGAUGAAUCAAGUGGAAUCGUGUAUGAACGUCUUUUGACAUGUACUCUCUUCAAGUGUGAUGUCUGAUGAGACAACUACUGAAUAUGGUCAAUCAAUUCUAGUAUGUUAGGUUUUGCGAAACUA